GCGGCCACCGGCGGAAGACGGUUUGUUUUGAUGCCGCCGGGUAGUAUCCAAUGUGCGGCUGCCUUUCUCCUGUCAUGUGCUCUGUAAUUGUGCCAACAACAGACAUAAUGUCGACUGCAGAGAGCCAAGUGGAGAGCAGCGUCCCGGAAGAAGAGCUGAAAGCGACCAAAAGGAAGAUUUCUCUCUCCAAUUGUGGUGUGUGUGGAUCAGAGGAGGCGAAGUACAGAUGUCCAGCCUGUCUUGGCCAUUCUUGCAGCUUGCUGUGUGUGAAGAAACACAAAGAAGAUUCAGGAUGCAGUGGAGUAAGAAAUAAAACUGCCUUUGUGACCCUCUCACAUUUUGAUGAAAUGACACUUCUCAGUGACUACAGGCUUCUGGAGGACACAGGACGAUUUGCUGAUGGGGCCAACAGAGACAGCCUCAUCCGGACUCCUCGUUCCACUUUAAAAACAAAGAGGCUGGCAGCCUGUGCCAGAAAGAUGAAUAUCACAUUGAGGUUCCUCCCCAUCACCUUCACUAAAAGCAGAGAAAACUCCACUGUCUUCGUCACAAAAGAAAAACUGUUCCUCUGGCACCUGAAGCUCAUCUUUCCCCAGAGCAGCACAGAGUUCAGUCAGAAGAGGGUGUCUGACAAGCAAACCUUGGAGCAGAUCUUGACCGCAUAUAUCCAUCCAACAGAGUCGGACCCUGUGACACGUCAAAAGUUGAAGAUGUAUGUUCACGCUUCGUUUGAUCAUGUGAAAGUCUUCAUGAAAGCAGAGGGGAGAAAGGCAAACUCUGUGAGGUACCAUGAGUUGGACAUCUGCAAGACCUUAAGGGACAAUCUCAGCUACAAAACGCUGAUUGAAUAUCCUGUGCUGCAUGUUGUACUCAGAGAUCAUUGGAAGGAGUAUCCACCGAAAGGACCAGCUCAACCUGCAUCAGCCUGCAGUGGUUUUGCAACCCAGAAAGAAGAGGUGGAACAAGAGAAGCAGGAUGUGAUCCAAGUUUCACCAUCCCUACAAGGAGCUCGCACCCCGCGGGGAACCAACAUCUGGACAGGAACCCCAGAGACCAGCCCUGAAACUGCACCCCCACAAAUGAAAAGGGCCAAGAGAGAAGGAGGGAAGGAAGAGGUAGAGGAGGGAGAGAUCAUAGACAGUAGUGACGAAGAGGAGGAGCAGGAAGGAAAUGCUGAAGACAGUACCCCAUGUAGUAAGAGCUGUGAUGGUGCCAAAAGCCCAGCUAAUGACAGGGGGGGUGAUUAAAGACAAAGCAGCAGACAGUGUGGGGGUUAAUGUGGAUGAUGGUAUUAAUAAACACAGUGACAGCAGCAGGAAUCGGUGCAUAAAUGAGAACAUUUCUGCUUCACCUGAUGACAAUGAGCUGUCAGAGAAGAGUGCUGAGGUCAACAUGACUAAGGAGGAUGCUGUGAAAGAGCCAGGCCCUGUUCAUACCCAUCACUGUCAGGAUGAAAAUGAGUCAGCUCAUGCUGCUGACAGCUGUGGACAGAAAUGAUAAUGCACAGAUGUUCAGGGUGAAAUUAAUGAGAAGGCAAACAUAUCUGACAGGAAGUCAUCAAUCUAGUAUCAGUAUACAGUUGACCAAUGCUAUCUAACUGUGUUUUCAGUUUUUAACAGUUUUAGGAAAUGAACAAUGGCUGGUGCCACUUUAUUGUUGUAUAUACAUGGAAUCAUUUCAAUUUCAAUAUUAAUUUUCAAAAUUUAGGUUUAUUUAAUCAGUCUUGAAGUAUGCUUUUUAAAAAAAAAAUAAAUAAAUAAAUAAAGACUUU